AUGGACGCAGACCCCAGCUCGUCAACGUCCAAACUGGAAGAGGCUGCAGCCCUGCUAGCGCCAGCCCAUGAAAUCCUCGAAAAGUUCAACUACAAGCACAAGAACCAGCACCGUCUGUCGAAAUGGUGGGCCGGCUUCGACAUGCUCCGCCGGCACACUGCAAAGUUCUCCCGUGAUGAGAUACGACCGGCCCUGGAUGCGUCGACCAAGCGCGACUCGAUGAUGCAGAGCAGGAAGAAGCAGAGCAAGCGACAACGCAUUGAGCCGCGCGACGAGGACGUCACGGCCGGCGCCGUGGCCAAGGCCAAGUGGAUGGGCGACUACCUCAUCCCCAAGGCAUAUGCUGCCAUCACCCAGCUGGCCGCGGAAAAUCAAUUCGCUCAUCUGGGCCUCCUCCUGCUCGGCGUGCUGGCCCAGGUGCACAGCGCCGUGUCCCUGCUGCUCCCAGCAGACAGCUCAGAGCAAGAACUGGAGCUUGAGGCGGCGGCGGAGGGCAAGGAAGUCGACAUGGGCGUCGUGGUGCCCAGGCAAGAGCAAAGGGGUCUUGACCGUUCACCUCCCGCUUCGCUGGCGGCCGGCGUUUCAAAACCCCCGAACGACCUCGGAGAGGCGGUGGCGCGGGAUACUUUCGAUGCCCGAGAGCAGGAUUUGGCAAGGCCGAAGCUCGCCGAUGAUUACACCGGGGCUGUAGGGACAACCGCCGUCGAACGCAAGCGGCCACCAAAGAUGGACACAGGUAAGCGCAAAAAGGACGCUGUAGCCACGUCAGGCUUGGGUGAGCCAUUGGCUGGAGAUCAGUCGGCAAAGUCGCGGUCGGCGGACCAAGAGAAGCCAAAGCAUAAGACUAAGACGGCACGAAAAGAGAUGGACGUGGAACCGAUAGAAAAGCCAAAGAAAAAGAAGAAGAGAAAGAAGGGUGACGAGUUCGAUGACUUGUUCAGCUCGUUGAUGUAG